AUGACAUCCGAGGCCCGGCGGCUCCUCGCGGCCUACCCUGGCGCCCUGGUCCUGCUGGUCGCCCGCGCUCUCCUCUACGUUGUGACCCUGCGCGGCCUUAUCGGCAUGGUCGGGGGCGGCGGCGGCGGCGGCGGAGGCCUGCUGCUCGACGGGGACGGCGAGGAAGGCGAGGCAGAGGUCACCGAGGCUCCGGGGGGAGCGCCGAAGGAGCCCGGGGAGUGGGAAGGGCACUGGUCUCCGGCGAUGGAUGAUGGGGAGGGCGGCGGCGGCGGCGGCGGCGGGGGUGGCGGUGGGAACGGCCGGCGCCCGAGGAAGAAGAUAUCUCCGCUCGCGGAUCGAGGGGUGCUCCUUCUGUUGGUGCUGCUGCACAACCGGUCGAGGGGUAACGCCUUCCGCGCCGCGGUGGCCUCUUUCGUAGACGCGGACUUGGAAGAUAACCUGCCCGGGGGAAGCUUCGGCGGCGGCGGCGGCGGCGGCAGCGGCGGGUCCUCCUCUGCAGCGCCCGUGGUAUCGUCGUCGCCCUCUGCCGCCGCUGCGACGCGGAUGCGAGUGUCCUUCCGCGGACUGUUUGAGGCCUUCGCGUCUACUCUCGAGGGGCGGUCAUCGUCGUCUGGCGGUGGUGGCAGGGGGGCCGGUGUUGGUGGCUGGGGCGGUGACGGGGCGGCGGCAGGAGAGGCGGAGAGCGUCGGGCGCGAGGGGGUGGCGCUCCUGCUCUACAGCUUGCUACAGGCCAACCCUGGCUUCCUGCGGGCUGCCGUAGUCAGGUCGGACGCGGAUGCCCUGCUGCUGCCUCUGCUGCGCACGCUGCACGACUGCGCCUCGCCCGAGCAGCAGCAGCAGGAGAAGCGACGGUGGGUCACCAAGAAGGCGGCGGCGGCGGCGGCGGUGGGCGUGGACCCUUCCCCGCCGGCCCUGUACGUGCCGGCGAUCGUGCUGCUUCUGUUCUGCCAGGACUCGGCGUUCAACCGGCAGUCGUUCAGGCAGGUGGUGCAGGCGGACGUCCAGUGGGGGGCCGCUCGGAACCUCAGGGGUUCCUCGCUCGGCUCCCUCGUUGUCCUGAGCAUCCUCCGUUGCCUCGGGCACAACCUCAAGCGACUAAAGGACGGGUACCUCCUGGAGAACUGCCUGGCCGUCCUGGUGAACCUCGCCCCCCAGGCGGAGCACCUGCAGCCAUACGCCGCGGAACGCCUCGUCGCCGUGCUUGUGGCCGCCUCCCGCCGGUGGAUACAGGGAGCCACGUCCGCCGCUGCCGCCGCAAUGACGGCACAAGCGGCAGCGGCGACGGCGGCGGGGCAAGGCGCAGGCACGGGACGGCAACCGGGAGGGGCCGGCGGCGGCGGCGCCGGGGGGGGGAACGGGGGCGCCGUAGUAUCAGAGAACGGUCGGGACCCGAUGGCGGCGCCGCCGGGGGGUGCGAUGCCGGAGGUAGGGGGGGGGCGGGGAGGGCUCAGCGACGUGCAGGAGCUGUGCGGGGAGGUCGCCCGGGUGCUGUUCCUGUUCGUGUGGUCGUGCACCCGGCCACGGAGGCUCGGCAGCAACGUGGAGCUCCUGUACGCGCUGCUUCACGAGCAGGCCGCCCUCGACGCGAUCUGCGCCCACCCAGCGCUGGCCGCGACCGGGUGGGCGGGUGGCUUGCCGAGACUGCUCGCGCACUUCCAAGACCUGGCGCGCCAGCGCGAAGAGGACGAGGGUGGCACUGGCCUCACCGCGGAGAGCGCAAUGGAGACGGUAAAGAAGGGCGUGCGGCACUACACCACCGAGGCUUUGGGCAUGGGCCACAAUGGUGGGGGCGACGCGGCAGAGGAUGGCCGGGGGGGUGGGGGAGGGGAGGUUGAGGACGGUGAAGCUGAUGGAGGGGAGGGCGUUACUCUGGUCUACGAAGAGGGAGAGCAUUCCGAGGCGUUUUUCCUCCCCUACCUGUGGGAGGUGCUUCUCUCGCGCACCCCGGACCUCAAUUGGAGUCCCGCCAAGGGGGCCCAGUGA